AUAUAUUUAUUUUCCAUAAUAAAUCUUUCUUGUCUUUUUGUUGUGUUUUUUUUUUUUUUUUUUUUUUUGUUUUGAUCUCCAUGGAUUGCUUUGAGUUAAGCUCAGAAUCCCCAUAUGAGCUUAUGCUUAAAGCUGCUUUCUUGAUACCUAUUUCUCAUUAUUUAUUGGGAUUUCUGUUUUUACUCUUUGUAUUUCUGUAUCAUUUUGUGGAGAUUCACUUCUUUCAAGAUUUCUUCACUGCGUUUAGAGGACAGCCUGUGUCUUUAACCUUUAAUUCUUGCUGUGACCUGUAUCAAGAAGUGGUUUCCAAAUGUAAAACUCUUAAUGGCAGGUAUUUGUCUACUCCAUGGCUUUGCAGUCCUCAUAUGCAGACUGCCUUUUUACAGUUCUUUGGAAGGGCACCCGUUUGCAACUACCAACGACAGAUAUUUCAUACGUCUGAUGGUGGGACAAUAGCUUUGGAUUGGCUAAGGAAGAUCGAUGUUAAAAAGCCAUCCGUUGAACAUUUUGAUGGAGUUCAGAGUGAUGACAAAAGUCCCAUCAUGGUAGUGAUUCCUGGUUUAACAAGUGACUCUGAUUCUGCUUACAUAAAGCAUCUGGCUUUCAAGAUGGCCAACCGUGGAUGGAAUGUCGUCGUGAGCAAUCAUCGGGGUCUCGGUGGAGUGUCAAUAACUUCUGAUUGCUUUUAUAAUGCUGCAUGGACGGAAGAUGCCUGCAAAGUCAUUGACCAUCUCCACACCCAAUACCCUCAGGCUCCAUUAUUUGCUGUUGGCCUGAGCAUUGGUGCUAAUGUUCUGGUAAAAUAUCUUGGUGAGGAAGGAGUUAAUACUGCAAUUGUUGGGGCAGCUGCAAUAUGUUCUCCUUGGGACCUUUUGAUUUGUGACAGGUAUAUUAAUCGCAGGUUUGUGCAGAGAUUCUACAACAGAGCUCUUGCGCUUGGAUUAAAAGAUUAUGCCAAGCUGCAUCAGACUACUUUGUCUCGUUUGACAGAUUGGGAAGGCAUUGUUAAGUCACGUUUUCUCAGAGAUUUUGACAACCAUUCUACUCGUGUCCUUGCUAAUCUUGAGACUGUUGAUACAUAUUACAGGAAAGCUAGCUGUACCAGUUAUAUAGGAAAUGUGAUGGUUCCCCUCCUCUGUAUUAGUGCCUUGGAUGAUCCAGUCUGUACAAGGGAAGCAAUUCCAUGGGAUGAAUGUAGGGCAAACAAAAAUAUCGUACUAGCUACCACACACCAUGGAGGACACUUGGGAUAUUUUGAAGGGAUAACUGCAAAAAGCCUCUGGUGGGUUAGGGCUGUUGAUGAAUUUCUUUGUGCUUUGAACUCCAGCUCAUUGAUCCAUCGAGAAAAGGUGCAGAAUACCACAGUGGACAGUUCCGUGGAUUCAUCCAUUGAUCAGGCACCAUAUGUGAAUAUUAGAGAAGAUGGAUUGGUGACUGCAUUUAGCAAUGAGCCAUCAGGUGAAGUAGGAAGUCAGCAGAAUGAGCAACCGGUCGAAGAUGACAAGGCUGGAGAUGGUAUUAGAGGUGUCAAUGGCACCAUGCAACUAGAAACAAAUGCAACAACUCAGUUUGAUCCGGCUCCUGAACCUGAUUUUGAUGCAGUGAUGGUUCCUGUUAAAAGACGUCUAAAUCAGCUUUCUCGGCAUAGUAAGAUUUCAAUGUGGGUACUUGCAUAUGUUGCACUCAUAACUACUUGGCCAAUUCUUGGCUCAGCUGUACCAAUGUUCUUCAAGAAAAAGCUGCGUAACAUUUUCUCACUGAAAAGAUGACGAUGUCAUGCAUGUAGCCGUGCCCAAGUAAUAUUCAUUGCUAUUGAAGAUACAAUUAUCGUACAAUUGCUGGGGAAGAGGGAAUAGUUAAGUUUCCAAGUCAGACUUGGGAAUAGCUGUACUAUUUCUUAUUACUUCAAAAUGAUCAUAUAAUAACACGAGCCAUUUAGAAAGA